AUGUCUGUAUCCAAGAUCAUCCUCGACUGCGACCCGGGACACGACGAUGCCGUCGCCCUGCUCCUCGCAUGGGGCAGCCCCGCCAUCGACCUCGUGGCCGUGACCACUGUCGCCGGCAACCAGACCUUGGCCAAGGUGACGCGCAACGCGCUCGCCGUCGCGCGCGUCGCUGGUAUCCCGCCCAACACGAUCCCCUUUGCGGCCGGCGCGGACCGGCCGCUCGUGCGCGUCCAGGAGGUCGCGGCGGAGAUCCACGGCGCGAGCGGCAUGGACGGGCCGGCGCUCCCCGAGCCCAACAUUGAGCUGGACAAGCGGCACGCCAUCGACGUGAUCAUUGACACGGUCAUGAGCCACCCUCCAGGCGAGAUCACGCUCGUGCCCACCGGCACGCUCACGAACAUUGCGCUCGCAGUGCGCAAGGAGCCGCGUAUUGCCGAGCGCGUCAAGGAGGUCGUCCUCAUGGGCGGCGCGAUCGUGGGCGGCAACUGGUCGCCCUGCGCAGAAUUCAACAUUGUCGUCGACCCCGAGGCGGCCGAGAUUGUCUUCUCGGCUGGGUGGAAGGUCGUCAUGGUCGGGCUGGACGUCACGCACAAGGCCCUGGCCACAGCGGCUGUGCGCGAGCGUAUCCUCAGCCUCGGCACCAAGCCUGCCAAGUUUGCCGACGAGCUCUUCGAGUUCUUCAAGGAGGCCUACCGCAUCUCGCAGGGCUUUGACGCUCCGCCCGUCCACGACCCGUGUGCGGUCGCGUACGUUAUCGACCCCACAGUCUUCACCCUCCUCCAGGCGCCCAUCACUGUCGAGACGCAAGGAAAACACACGGUCGGCAUGACCGUUGUCGACACGCGGUACGGCAAGGACGGCGGCGCCGACUGCAAGACGUUUGCCGCGACAGGCAUCAAUGUGGAGAAGUUUUGGGACCUCGUGGUCGAUGCGCUCCAGCGUAUCGGCGAUCCCGAGCAGUAG